UACACUUGCGCGCGCUGGCGCCGUCGCGGAGCCACGCCUUCCGCCGUCGUAGCCGGCCCGCCCUCAUGCCGCGCCGGACAAUCAACGACCUAAGCUUGCUUGAUCCUCGCUUUCGGCAGCAUCAGUUACAAGAUUCUUUUACUCCAACAGCUGACUUACACGCUAUACUGAUGGAGUUCCCUGUCUCUGCAUGAUGCGUGUCCGUGGCAGUCUUAGUUUCUGCAGCUAUAUUCUCUACAUGGUAUUGAUAGGCAAUCAGGGACAGUCAACACUGGAGCCACCAACUGGUCAUUUCUGUCCCAGUGUCAACAUCACUUACACUUGUCAUGACAGUCAAGUGGUUUUGGUUUGCUGAUC